AUGUACUUAGUCAAGAGAAUUGGAGCUGCAACCGCACUUGAAGUUAGAGCAACCGGAACUCAGUAUGCUUAUGCACCUUGUGUAGCAGUAAGUAGAGAUCCAAGAUGGGGUCGGUGUUAUGAAAGCUACAGCGAAGAUCCUAAAGUGGUUCAAGCUAUGAUUGAUAUCAUAUCAGGACUGCAAGGGGACAUUCCUGAUAAUUAA